CUUUACGGGGCAAGAGUUCACGCACUCCGUCUAAACUCGGGGAGUUUCUUCAGCUCUGGUGAAAGCUGACGAAGUUUUAAAGCCCUACAAACCAAACACGUGAGAAAUAAAGGGAGUAGCUAUCCACAAUAAUACAUCCGCCUUUUUUUUUUUCCUCUCCUUUUUUUUUUUGAACAGGCGGACUGAAAGUUAAGGCAGUGCCUGAGUUCACCCACUGUUCAGGCGGUGUCUGACUACGUUACGGGACAGCAGCGGAGAUGCCCUGUUGAACACGGCGGAACUGUGCUGCGGGUGUUUGACAAAAACAAGAGAGAGAGUGGACCUAAACAUGAUGUUCACCGGAGCUGAUAGCUGACACUGUAGAAUGAGAGAGGAUGGAGCAGACAGACAGCCCUGCCUCAGAGAGCAGCAACCCUAAUGGGUAUGUCAACCAAAUGUUCAAUGUUUCUCUGGACGUGGAGAACGAGACAGGCAGUGUUUGUAUUCAGGAGACGGGGCCGGGGCCCGUGGAGGUGCAAAAAGAGAGCCAAGCUGCCUCCUCUCAAACCCCUGUCAAGGACAGACAGGAGGUCAACCGGAGGGCCCGUGCCACGGGGGGCAUCUGGCGCAUCUUAAACCGAAAAAGAGCCAUCCCUGAGAUGGAAAGGAGACCCCACUCCAUGAUCCUCCCCGGAGAAGCUUCUAUCCCUAAACUCUCGUUUGCAGACAAAGUUCGGUCUUUUAAGAAGCUAAAAUCCCCCGCCGUGUUCAGAGGAAAAACCGGGAAGUUGUCCACUGCCAAGUUCACCAGCUCCUUGGUGGACGAGGAGUCUUUCUGCCGUGACAUCGGCACUCCACAGCAGAUCAGCAAGAGCACCCUUCGAAAUAGAGGGAAGAGGCAUUCGUAUGCCGGCUACUCGGUGGACUUCAACUGCUCGUUUGAAGACCUGGACUUAUCUGCACCAAUAGAUGGCCUCCAGCCCACUGUUACAGGAGAGACUGUUGUCCAGAAUGGCUGUAAACCUUCUGAAAGAAUUUCAUACUCUAAGAGAAACAAUAGCAACUCAAACAGCUGCAACAAAGUCAGCGCAGACUGUGAGGAGCCCAGUGUUAGGAGUAGCCCCAGAACCCAUCAUAGUGGAGGGAGGAGGCACAAAGAUGUUUGGAGUUACCUGAGGAGGAUUUCCCUCUUGGGGAAAAGUAAUCCUGUGUACUCAGAGAGAAGCUUUGACUCUGAGCUCCCCUCGUUGGACAAAACCACGGAUUCAGAUUUUGGAUCUGUAGACUUUGAGAGUGUCAGAGACUUUCAGCCGCCGCCCCCGAAACAAUCGGACACAAAGGGACACUUUGGUGGUCUCUUUAAGUUUUUUAAUAGUGUAGCAGAAUCUGCCAGAAAAUGGCGGACAACUUCACGGUCCUUCUCUCCUCCGGAGGGAGAGAGGACUCCAAUGACCUCCCAGCGGGCCCCACAGCACUCAGUGGACAACAUUCACAGUGUUUGUCUCACACUCCACAAUGAAGGAUCUUUAAAACCCCAACCAACAGAACUGUUGCCGCUCGCUGCUCAACCCUCAAAUCCCAGUAGCUUUGACGGUGAAACGCCAGCGACCACAACCGGUGGACAAUCCCCCAAACUUGCCUUAAAAGCCUUUAGAGCUUCUUCAGGAUCUCAAGCUGCUAAUGGCCUUCAGAACCCGGACAACGUGACAAACCACAAAUCCACGGCGAUUGUAGAGAAUCAUAUUCAGGAUUCAAGUUUAAGCGUGGAGGCUGAAGCUGAUGCUGAGAGGGUUCAGUUGAACUGCCUGUGUCAAGAGGAAAAGGUAGGGGGACAGAAAGGAAAUGAGCAGGAUUCCAGGGAUACUCCGCUCGACUCCCACCAAGUACAGGAAGUGAAUGUCCAAUCACAACAAGGUGAUAAAGAAAGCACAACCAAUAGCGUAGCAGCCUCAGAUUCUACUGAAGAAAUUUUUAAGCUGUGUGAGCAGAUUGCCAGCAAGACAGGCUGCAGUGUGAGGCAGCCCGGACCAGCCCCGGCCCAGUCUUGCACAGAGAAGACCUCUGUGCCUCACAGGCGGUUGCUCCACCGUCCCCGUCCGGCCUCGGCGGUGCUGGACCUGUGGAGGUCCAACCCGGAACGCGAGAUCUACACACAUUAUAGCGAGGUGGGCUCCCUGCCCCGGCUGAGACGCAGGCCCGCUGCCACCAUGCUGCACUCCCCAGGGCAGAGACGGACGGCUGCGCGCUCCAGGCCUUGUUCUGUCAUAGAAAGCAGUGUUACUAGAGAGACCCUGUCGACGGAGCUGCCUCACAGAGCUUUGUCUCGCCCUCCGGGAGUGUCGCCACUCGAGCCCCCACAAAGGGCAUCUCUGCAGCGGUGUCGCUCGCUGCCUCUUCCCCCCAGCACUCUCACUGCCUUGGCUUUGCUCCUGCCUUCUUCGGUGGACAUGGGCCAGUCGUCCUCGUCAGUGCGCCUGAGGUCUGGAGGCUCCACCAGCUGCAGGAGGAAGAGGCUGUUGAGACCCGGGUCAGAACCACUGCAGGUCAACAUAUUGAUAAGUGGAGGCUCAGUUGUCAACGCUGAGGCGGUAUGGGACCACGUGACCAUGGCGGAUCGGGAGCUGGCGUUUAAGGCCGGCGACGUCAUAAAGGUGCUGGACGCUUCCAACAAGGACUGGUGGUGGGGCCAGAUUGAUGAGGAGGAAGGAUGGUUCCCUGCCAGCUUUGUACGGGUGGAACCCCAUCCUCCUCAGCCCCAAACAAAACAGGUUUUCUAUAUCAACCCCAUAGCAACUCCACGGUUCCAAAACACCACGUCAAAGCUGUGGGUGAACCAGGAGGACGGUGCUGCAGAGCCGGCCGAGGGGACCAGCGAGGUGCAGAACGGGCACCUAGAUCCGACCAAUGACUGCCUGUGUCUGGGCUCCCCCCUUCAAAACCGAGACCAAAUGAGGGCGAACGUCAUCAAUGAGAUCAUGAGCACAGAGAGACACUACAUUAAACACCUCAAGGACAUCUGUGAGGGUUACUUGCGCCAGUGUAGGAAGCGUGUGGACAUGUUCAAUGACGACCAGCUCAAGGUCAUUUUUGGAAACAUAGAGGACAUCUACCGCUUCCAGAUGGGCUUUGUUAGAGAUCUGGAGAAACAGUACAACACAGAGGAACCGCACCUCUCUGAAAUCGGGCCGUGCUUUUUAGAACACCAAGAUGGAUUCUGGAUCUAUUCAGAAUACUGCAACAACCACUUGGAUGCCUGCAUGGAGUUAAGCAAACUGAUGAGGGAUGGCAGGUAUCAGCACUUCUUUGAGGCUUGUCGUCUUCUCCAGCAAAUGAUUGACAUCGCUAUAGACGGCUUCUUGCUCACCCCUGUCCAGAAAAUCUGCAAAUAUCCCCUACAGUUGGCCGAACUUCUCAAAUACACAGCACAAGACCACAGCGACUAUCGAUACGUGGCAGCUGCUUUGGCCGUAAUGCGGAACGUCACUCAGCAGAUCAAUGAGAGGAAGAGGCGGUUGGAGAACAUCGACAAAAUCGCCCAGUGGCAAGCCUCCGUUCUCGACUGGGAGGGAGAUGAUAUUUUAGACAGGAGCUCUGAGCUUAUCUACACCGGGGAGUUGUCAUGGAUCUAUCAGCCGUAUGGACGCAGCCAACAGCGAGUCUUCUUCCUCUUUGAUCACCAGCUGGUGCUCUGUAAGAAGGACCUGAUACGUCGGGACAUACUCUACUACAAGGGCCGCAUCGACAUGGAUCGCUACGAAGUUCGGGACGCCAUCGACGGCCGGGACGACGACUUUAACGUCAGCGUUAAGAACGCUUUCAAGUUGUUCAACAAAGACAGCGAGGAGAUCCACAUCUUCCUGGCCAAAAAGCCAGAAGAGAAGAUCCGCUGGCUCAGGGCCUUCCACGAAGAGCGGAAGAUGGUGCAAGAGGACGAGAAAAUUGGUUUUGAGAUCUCGGAGUACCAGAAGCGACAGGCAGCCAUGACAGUGAGAAAGGUGACCAAACAGAAAGGUGUGAACAGGUGCACGCCCCCCUCAUACCCGCCCCCGCAGGACCCCCUCAGCGCGGGGCAGUAUGAGGUAACCGAGGACAUGGCACAAGGAGAGGUUUUUGAAUUCAGUCAAUCCAAAAGAGGCCAGGGGCCUUUCUGGCAGAAUUUUAGUAGAUUAGCUCCAUUUAAGAAAUAAACACAGACUCUUCUGAAGGACCAGCUAUUUUUCUUAGAAGCACUAAACACUGGAUGAUUACGUCCCAUGAUGAAGAAAAUACAACCACCACAAACACACAGGAGACUCUGAAGUUAAGAACCAAUGUUACUAUAUGAUUUGAUCGGAAACACCAAGAGGACUUUGAGACUUGAAUUUCAAAAUUGAGGAAAAGAAAAAAAGACACACCUUUACAACAAUUCUUCUUUGUUAGUAACGUCAUCACGCUUCUUCUCCAGCUGACUCUGCUGUCACAAACUCUAUCCCUCCGAUUCUACACAUUCACACCUUCUGAAUGUUCUGGAGUUAUUAAGAUUGUUAAAUGAUUUCGUUUUGAGCCCAUCAUCGUCCAUCGUCAUCAUCAUCACCAUCUGGAAAUAGCUAGCCUUCGAGGUUAAGUUGGGUCGGUCCUCGUGGGAGCGAGACCUCGCCGCGCCGCGAUCCCUCUGAAUGUGAGCUCGACGGAUGACACGGGAACCCGAUGGGCUCGGGAUCCGCCCAGCUCGACAAUCCCAGACGGAUCCCUUACUUAUGAAAACCCCUCUUCGUUUUAUUUAUUUAUUUUUUUUUAAAGUCUUCCCUUCCUGCUCCUCUUGUCCUCUCUAUCUCCCGGUCCACCUGCUCAGCUUCUUGUGAGCCGGUGGCUCACAGAGGAAGAGUUUCAUUCUUUUGGAAACCUGCCAUUGGCCAUGAUAUGACAGGUCAGGGAACAAAUCAAUAGUCGGAACAUCAAUAGAAUAUUUACAUCCUCUCGCCAACUGCUCGUGGCAGGGUAUUCACAUCGGCUCACGGAGAUGCUCAGCGCGUCCCGCUCAGAUGAGCCGUCUGCGAGCAGGAGAUAGGCCGGGUAUGGUCCGCCUGCCUUGCGUCACAGCCCCCCACACCGCCACCGCCACUCUCCCCAGAGACCACCCCUGUAGCACUGUGCUGGCAGCUUACUGGGUGUUUGGUAAAGAGCACAGCCUACCUCCAGAAAUGAGCAGUAAAAGUCAAGUUGAUGCAUCGGCCAAGGUCCAAAAAGAAAAAACAAAACAAAAAAAUAUAUAUAUAUAUCUCACUCUAAAGAAAAAAAACUAAACAAAAGAAAAAAAAAAACGGACUUCUUGAGUUGAUUUUGUAGUGUUCACACUGUUAAAUAUAUCCAGUCUGAGUUCUUCUGCUCUUAUUUCAAUACAAGGGAUACAAAUAUGCAAUGCUACAGAGUGGAGAAAUUAGCCAGGAUCCCAACCGGCGCACUGGUUAAGGACAUUCGGAGUUUGUUCGGAUUUUUAAAAAGUCAAUACCACGAUGGGAGGGGGAACGAAAAGGUGUAUUUAAUCUGUAGCAUGCACCGUCCCUCCUGACAGAUUCAUUAAUCUCUUAACACUUUGAAUCUUCCCACCCAACUCCCCUUUCCUUCACGUCGCUUUCCAAAUCUGAUCCGUGUUUCUGGCAGUUAGCUCGGGCAACCGUUAAGUGAUUUACAAAGGACCGAUCCCCGAUCAGAUUGAUUUGUUUAAUCAACAAAGUCCCUCUGGCUGCUUUGGGAGAGAGAUCCUCGCCGUCCUUCUGGCGAGGCGUUCAGAUAAGGGAGGAUAUCUGAGGAGGGGAAAAGAAAAAAGCAAAACAAAAAAAACAAAACCGAUUGACACUCAUCACGAAGGUGUAAUUCUACUCUAGGAAUGUAAGUGAACCAUCUGUCCAUGCUGUGUGAUCAUGUUUUGACCUCAGACCUACAUUUUGUGUUGGAUUCUACCACCUGAUGGACAGUGCAUAUACAGUAUGACAAUUGUGCAAUGUGAUAUAUCAUUAUAUAUCUUCACUACUCAUUUACGGUGUGCUAUGAAAGAGAUAAAUAUUGUUCUAUGUCAUUUUGUUUGCCUUCUUACGGGCCUUAUAACCUAUCGGAAACAAGACCUUAGGCUUGCUUUGUAUGUCGUGCAAUUUAUGUUUCAGUAAAGGAAGUUGAGAAAGGGGUGAGUCGGCUGCUGGUGUCUGUAGAGAUGGCUCCCGGUGAGAUUGUCUUGGAAGAUUGACUCUCAUGCCUGGCACAGCAAAAAGAAAUGGUUCCCAGGCCAUGAUAACCUCAGGUCCCGUGCUACACCUAUCCACCACCACCCUCUUCGCCCCUUACUCACCGCCCCGUCAGAUCAACACCACACACACAACUACACACACACACACACACGCACGACACAAAUGCACAAUCACUUGCUGGCCCGUUCUGCUGCGGAGAAGAGAGAUGCUAUCUAACAGUGCCUUCCAGCAUUCCACUAGUGAUUAUCUAUUCAGUUUUCACUGGCAGAUUUGAAUUAGUCAUGUAUUUUCCCUUCGGUGCAUUUCUUCCUUUCUCUUUUCUUCUCGUCCACACACUGGGAAUUCCUCUUCCCCCCCCCACACCCCACCGAACCCCCGACUCCAACUCCCAGUGCACCAAAACUCCAACAAAUCCAACAAUUGGUCAGGCCUUUCUACUCCCUCCCUCCCUCCCCACCACCACCCACUCCAGUAGUUACAGUGUUGUCUGACUGAAACACUUUGAAACACUUUAUUACUGUUAUUAUUUUGUAUUACACUCACAUAGCUGCAAUCAACUUGCACAGAGAGGAAGUUUGUUCUAAUUCCAGCUACGUAGAGUUCCAUUUUGUUAUCUAUGUAUCUCGCAGAAAGAGGAUUUGAUUUGAAUUUAGAGUAGGAAACCGAUUCACAUUACUCAAGUUAGACUUUUUCAAAGUAUAUUAUUAAUAGUGAGUUAUGAAUUGAAAGAAGUCAUCUAUUUUAACUUUAUCUGCUACACUCUGUAAAUAGUGUAAAAAGAACAGAUCAUAUAUUUGGAUAUUUUGCGUUGGAGACGAAUGUUGUUUCAGUUCUAGCGUGCGGUAGACCUCAGUACCCAGGUAAAUGCAUGCUUGUGGCAUCCAAUAUUUUGCAUGAGACUUAAGGCAACUCUUAACGGAUUAUUUACGUUCAUCGAACUUCCGAACGCUUUUCUUUUCUCUUCUAUUUGUUUGUUUUCUUUCUUUCCCCUCCUCUCAUAGCGGAACCAUUCAUUCGUGAAGCCACGCCAUCUCACUAAAGGGAGUUGUUUUCUCUGUCCACCUGUGUGCUGCUCACUUCACGCUCCAAAGUUGUAGCCUGUGCUUUGUUUUGUUUUUUUUUUAUUUAUUGCCACUUAGAACAGCAUGUCAGUCUCUCAUGCUGAAUCAAACAUCCGUUAGGUGAAACGACAGACACCGAUGGUCUCCGUGCCCAGAGAAAAAUGGGCGUUUUAAUCCGUAGCUUUUCGUUUAGCACGCUUUUCUUUCACGCUGCAGACUGCUGGUUAUUUUUAUUUGACUUUAUCGUGUUUUGUUUGGAGUGCCAUCAUCAAGCGGAGGCAAAACGGGUAUAAUUUUUCUAUGACAACAGUGAACCAAAUAGGAGUUAGCUCUGAUCGCGGCUGUUUCGUGUAUAGAUUGUAGUAGAGCAGAAGACAUGAAAACACGUGGAAUCUCCCCCCCUCCUCUUUACACAAGCUAAAGCUAGAUCCACCCAUUCAAAUCAUUCUCUCUAGUUUAAGUAAUGACUUGACAUGGAAAAUUUACUACUCUAUUUAUUGCUAUCAGUAUUAGGGUCAUUAAGUUUGGGCCAAACAGUUUAAAUAAUGUAUAUAUUGGGUUUGUUUAUUCUUAUAUAACUUUCAAUCUGACCUUGUAGGAGUCCUAACGGACAGCCAUCUGUCCACUUUGAGGUCUGUUUUUUAUUUUUUCUGUCUCUCUGCCCAUAUAAGCCAAGUUAGCGGACAGAAAUCCAUUAGAGAACGCUUAGAUUUUUGUCAUUCUUGGUUUUUAUUGUCCAGAGUUAACUUGAGCCAUCCACGUUCAGCACAAAGUGCCGAGCAAAAGUAUGAAAACAUCUUGAACUUCUGCACAUUUUAUAACGUUAUAGCUGCUAACUUUAAUUGACUUUGUUGGGAUUUUAUUUGAUACACCAACGUAAUGUGCUGUGUUCUUGAGAGGUUGAAUGAUACAUGCCUUGCGCAAAUAAAAAUCUGAAAGGUGUGGCAGACAUAUCUGUGAUACCCCUCCAACCUUCAUAAAUAAAUCAGGGGUGUUUCAUUUUCAUUUUGGGCCAUUUCAAGAUCACAACUGUCCUCAAAUUGCCAGUUGUAGCAGAAACUAUUGAUGAAACUAUUUAUUAACAAACUGUUAAAAUAUUAAUAAGCAGCUUUCUUUACAUUCAAUGACAGCAUCUUAAAAUGAAAUAAUAAUAAGCAUCUUUUACGUUGAUGUAAUUUGUCAGUAUACAGAAAAAAAUACUUUAAUUUAAAACCUGAGACUCUAAAAAGAAAUAUAUUAUUCAACAACACCAAUAAACUUUGUCAUUUGCAAUGUACUCCUGACCAAAAAUUUGCCUUUUGGCCGACGUGCGGAGUGAUAUUUGUGAAGAAUAACACACACUGUCAACAGCAAAACAUGGUGGUGGCAGCAUCAUGCUGUGAAGAUGCUUCUCAUCAUCCGUUUUAGAGUACAAGGGAAUAUGGAUGGAGCUAAACAGAACA